AUGCACGCCACAAGAUUGAGGAGAGCCAUCUUGCGUGGGUCACUGUUCACGACAAGUAUCCAACGUUCGAAGUCUAGCGGCUGGCAGGCUGGUCCGCAGUCGAUCAAGUCGCCGAUAAUCGUGCAGCAUGGCUUGGAGGCUGCUUGUACAUAUGAAGGUGCUCAGCUGAGAAAGACAUUGGUGGCUGCACCUGUACCCAAAGCUCACUCGCUAGCAGUGUGGCUGCAGCACCAAGUGGGCUCCCACGUUUUUGGCAAACGUGGCACGCAAGGCACACAUGCUGCUGUUUCAUGCUCAUUCAUCGUGGAUUCCGCGCCAAAUGCUGAUGCUUUCAAAGCCUGCUUCAGGAGAUCGGGAGCAUACUGCUAUGAAAGGCUCAUACAGGUCAUUCAUGACCAUCAGGCCGUGGCCUCAUCCUCCCCAGUCGACUUGAAGGUGCUUGCGUAUGCGUGGCUUUCGGCGGUCUCGACCAGUGCAGGCCUCGGAGUUCUAGCUUGGCGACCAGUGUUUAGCAGCGAGGCGAAGCUGUACGAUGGAGGAGAGCAGAGUAGAUUGAUGAGCCGAGAUGAUGCCGAUGCCGAUGGCAGUCCAAACUCAAUCUUGCAGUCCAUAUUCUAUACUCUAGAAUACAGAUCCAACUCCCUCCAACUUCAGAAUUUCGUCAAUCAAUGCACACUCCAACAUGCGAAUGACCUCGGGAAUAGCCGCCGGCACUCACGCACAUGUGCGGCGCAGAGCAGGGAAAGGAAAAGGCUGAGAGAAGAGCUGGAAGCGCCUUGA